UUCUCCGCGACGUCCAGUGCGUGUGUACAGCUCCGCAGCGUCUCAGCAGCACCACAGCAGCACCACAGCACCACAGCACCACCGCAGCACCACCGCAGCACCACCACAGCAUGCAGCCGCCCGUGCAGGUGCUGCUGACAGCGCUACUGCUCCUCCUGGUGGGAGCGCACUGUCGCAGGGUGAGGGUGCGCCCUCAGCCGCAGGACGAGCAGGACAGCCAGACCGAGCAGCACCAGUACUACUCGCAGCCCCAGGCUCAGGCGGUGGACCUGCUGCCAGACCCCUACAACGGUCUGUACGGCCGCCCCGCCGCGCGCGGACAGACCGACCCCGAGUACCGGCCGCGCGUGUCCGCGCGCGCCAAGGAGCCGCCCAAACAGCCGCCCGUCGCCACCAUCCGCAACUACAGCAAGGUGAACGACGACGGCUCCUUCACCUUCGGCUACGAGGCGGCCGACGGCAGCUUCAAGGAGGAGACCCGGGGCACCGACUGCGUCGUCAGGGGCAAGUACGGCUACGUCGAUCCCGACGGCAACAAGAGGGAGUUCACGUACGUGUCGGGCAACCCUUGCGACCCCAACAGCAUCAACCAGGAGGAGGAAAGCAAAGAAGAAGUGGACGACAGUGGAGAGGAAAACAUACCGAGGGGUCCCAUUAGACCAUUGAGACCGGUGAGGCCCACGCCUGCUCCCCUGCCACGUCCAACCACCACAUUCUUCGAGGAAGACUUCAGUCAGGACGAGGAUUCAGUGGACGAUGCGCCCCAGCAAGUGCUCAGACCGCGACAAGGCUACCGAGCACAGCAGGCCGCCAGACCGACGCCUCUGUACACGCCGACCUCGUACGUGGAGCAGGACACCCAGCGGCCUGUGGUGAGACCCCAGCCGGCAGUCAGGAUCACCCCGCGACCCCCGGUGGCGGCCACCACGGUGCGGGCCCAGCUGCCCCCCACCACGUACCGCCCCCAGCUGGUGCAGCUGGCGGUGACCCCCAGGCCCGGGGUGGUGUACUCCCGGCAGCCCGCGCACACCACGCCGGCCGUCGACUUCGACGACGAGCUGAAGAAGUUCCAGCUGGAGCACAGCAUCGCCACGACGGCCCGCGCCGUGCCCCAGGUGCAGUCCCAGGCGCAGAGCCCGGCCAAGGCCCAGGGGGCGGAGCCCGUGUACGAGACCCAGCUGGUGUACGACCCCGCCUCGGGCCAGUACAACACCGUGCUGUACCAGCAGCUGUCGCCCAAGAGCGCGGCGGGCUUCAGCCUGAACCACCGCCUGCAGGGCUACGUGCAGCAGCCCGCCUACAACCAGCUGUACCAGCAGCAGCAGGCCGCGCUGCUGCAGCGCUCGCAGCGGCUGUACGCGCAGCAGCAGCAGCAGCGCGCCGCGGAGCAGCAGCACAGGUUCCAGCCCAAGGCGGCGCCCUACCAGCAGGACUCGCGCGGCUUCUACUACGUGCAGCCGCAGACGGAGCAGAGCGGCGGCCUCGCGCACGGACAGAUAGACGCCUUCCUGCGCGGCCACAACCUGUCCUACUGAGCGCCCGCUCGCAGCACCGCGCUGCAGCUGCCUGCGUUACAGUCACCGCGUUCAUCAACUGCUGCGUUGGAAGCAGUCUGUGUGUGCACAUACCGAAGUAUUCUAACUGUUACAUGUAUGCUAAUGGAGGAAAAUGUUCUUUUAGUCUCCAUAUGUGCGGUGAGAAAAUACUUAAAAUCACCAACAUAGUUUUAAAAAAAAAAAUAGUAGUAGAAAUUGUUUUAACAAAAUUUUAUUUUUUCGCCUUUUGUAUUCAUAAUAUUUAUAUCAUUUUUCUACGUGUAUAGACAUAAAAAUGAGCGAUCCACCAAAACCUGAGUAAUUUAACCAAAUAUCUUUACAAAGUUCAAUGAUGUAUCUAAGAGAAUGUUAGGUAUAUUUUAAUAUAGUAAACCGAAACUUUUAACUAUAAUUGCAAGAUGUAUCUGUCCCAUGUUUGUCGAUUUUUAAACGGUUUUUAAUACUGUAUAGCUCAUAAUUAUUUAGUAUUUUUAUUACUUCCUGAUAGCCUUUGAAAUGCGUUUGUUAAUAUUUGAGGCAAUAAAUAUAAACAAAUUAACAUGGUAAUUGCUCUAAAAAUAAUUAUAACUUGAAACGUAACAAAAAUUAUAUAGGUACCUAUCACUAAGAUAAUUUUUUAUACAUACCAUUGUUUUUUAUGAAACUGUAGAAUGUUAUGUUUGUCAUUAAUGUAUUUUAAAAGUAUAAAAUUAUUAUUUUUUCAUUUGUAAUGUUUAAAUUAAAAACCUUUUUGUUUUUGGAAAUUAAUAUUUAAACUUUUCUCAGUUGUAAAUCGUAAUAUUUUAUUAGAUGUACUGAAACGAUUUAUUAUUUUUAAUAUUCUAGUUAAAUUUUCUUUUUACUAUCCAAACUGCGAUGAAUGAUUGAGAAAAUGACAAAAAAUGAUGCUGCUAGAACCUCACAAUAAUCACUUUUUUAGUUGUGCUCUAAAGUUUCAGAUCAAUAUUUUUUUCAGAUAUACUGGAGACAGUAGACUAAUAGAUUGUUCUCAAAUAUUACAAAAUGAAUUGGCGUAUGUCUAGACUCUUAAUUAAAACGAUUUCUAGAAAAACUUACCAUUUUAUUGUUAAAGUGCAAGAAUAUUGUAACCAAUUGAUGUCAUCUAACUCCAUAAAAAUAUUUGUUUGCGUUUUGCAUAGCAGCAUUUCGCUUAAACGUUAAGCAAAGGUAGGAAAAUGCUCUAAGGCAAUAACGUCAAGCAUGUAAAACGAAGUUAAACGAAACGAAUUUAGGAACCACGCAGAUUCGUUACUUUAUCUCAAUUUUUCACUUUCGGAUAAUCGAAUGGGAAAUGCAAUCAAGCACAUUGUUAGACACAACGAACAAGUUUAAUUUUAGUAGAAAGAUUUUUAAAAUCUAUAAUAUUUAAAAUAAUAUUUUUUUUUAAAAAAGGCUCAAUACAAUUAGCGUUUUCAGAUGCAGUUCUCAAAAACUUAAAUACAGAGUAGUCUAUAGUUCGGUUCUAUAACGGAAUAUUUAUACAGCAAAAAAAUUAUGUUAAAGCUAUUUAUAAACCUUUUUUUCCAUUAUGAUGAUAGUAUGUCGGAUGUAAAUAUCAUAUUUUUAUACUUAGUCAAAUCAUCUCAUGAAUCUUUUUUUUUAAUUCUCUGAGCCUUUAAACGUUUCAAAAUAAUAUAAGUUAUAACAUACAAAAUUUUUGUUUAUUAUCUAUUAGUUAAAUAAUUUUCAAAUUUCUUAUUUGGUGUAUCAGUUUCUCCUCGGGGGGUUUUUGUCAAUUUUUAAUAUUUAUAAAUGAAACCUGCGAGUUUUUGGUAUAUAUUACAGAUGUAUCACGCUUAUUUGGCACGGGGCAGUGGUUUGAUUUCCACCUGCGGAUUGGCGAAUUUCGUGGAACUCAACUAGGUUUUUAGUAUUCCAAAUUCGACAAUGAACUUUCAAUCGUCCUGUUUGCUUUAAAAGUAUGAAUCGAUUUCAUAUUAAUGUUUUAAGACUGAAUAUCAACCAUAGUUUUGUCCUUCGUAUAUACAACAUAGCUACAAUUCUGUAAACGAAGAAUUUGGAACAUUUAACUGUGAAGGAGAUAUUUAAACCUUUUUUUUUUAAAUAGCUGAGUAUUAGAAUAUUUUUAUUGUAUCCAUACAAAUAAACCAUAUGGGUUUAUAAAAAAGUAACUAUGGUCAGACCAUAAUUAUAAACAGUUUGUAAGAUAUUAAGUCAUGUUUGCUACCACUGCACAAGCGCUUUUCAUAAUUAUUCCAUAAACAAAAAAUUUAUGCUUGCAAAUAAAACUUAAUCAAAAUAUGUAUUUGUGUAAAUGAUUUUGGAACAAAUAAUAAUGUCUAAAAAUAUAUAAGUAUCAUAAAUAGAAAGAACAUUUAAGCCAGUAGGGACAAAAACGUGAAAUUCUGAAAUACUUCCCUACACUAUAAUCAUUUGGGUCAUGCAGCCACUGAAACUUCAGUGACGAGACUUGGGCAGUAAGUACUUGUCAGCGUACCAUCGUUUAGGUGCAAAAAAAAUAGUUCUGCGCAACGGAGUAAGGUAAAAUGUAAGUACUUAAAGUUCCUUGUGAGAAUACGAAGAUAGGCCAAAAGUUGUCAGGCACGGUGAAAUGGGAAAAAAGGAGGUAUGACAAAGCCAUGUAGGCAUAUACAAGUUUUAUAUGUAAAUGAAAAACACCAUUGUUGUUAGGUGACUAAUUAGUGACCAUAUUGUUAGUCCAAAUGAAACUAGAGUAAUUGUAGUUAGGCUCAGCGCAGGUACGCACUACUCAUUUAGACUCAACGCAGUUACACACAAUAUAUUUAUGUUCAACGCAGUUACGCACAAUGUAUUAAUGCUCAACGCAGUUACGCACAACCCAGUUAGGCUUAACGUACGCACAACACAGAUACUAAAAACACAUUUAGGCUUAAUGCAGUUAGGCUCGAUGCAGUUACGCACAUCGCAUUAAGACUCGAUACAGUUAGCCCCAAAGUGGUUACGCACAACGCAGAUAUGUUCAACGAAGUUAGGCUCAGCGCAGGUAUGCAAAUCGCGAUUGGGCUCAACACAUGCUGAUUUUUGUGACGCAUAAUGCAGUUACGCACAACGCAGGUACCCACAACGUGGUUAAGCUCGACGCAGUUUGGCUCCACGCAGUUACGCAUAACGCCUUUUACGCACAACGCAGUUAGGCUUAACUCGCUUAUGCACAAUGCAAUACAGAUAACAUCACUCUGCGAAAAGCAUUUUGCGAAAACGCAGUGGGCAAAAGCAGUAAAGGUAUUCACUUCUACGGUAAAUUGUGUGAACACGGCAUGUAUAAGCAUACACUAAGAUGUAUUCUCGUUAUUUCCCAGUUUACCAGUGCGUGUGGAAAAUACAUGUCCGGAAAGGAAAUACCCGUAAAUAAGUGGCAUUUUUAUUUAUAAGUUAAUCAUACACCAUUAAUUAAAUUAAAACAGUUUAAAUGCUUGUCCUCAAAUUAUUCGUACAUUCGUGAGUCUGCUUCUGACCUUCCCAUUAAAGCUAGGCUUGGCAGUGGCUCUCUCCACUGUUAGUUUCUUGCCACGCACUUCUGUUGAACCACAAUGCCUAGCACUGCUCGCUAGUUCACCACGAUACCUCAUCCGAUGCUCUGAACCUCGAUAUCUCGCCAUCUUUACUUCACUCCCUUGCAGGUCAUCCUCGCCGCUUAUAUACCUCUCAGCCCCGCGCUGAAAAGGUCUCGUAGCCCUUCGAAGUUUCGCGUCAUCAGAAUCCCCGACUCUAGAGGAUAGGAAAUGUAGCAUUGUACAUGAAUGACGGUUAAAUAAAUGCAAUAUUAGAAACUGAACGAAUUAACAGAAUUCGAUGUGGUUUGCUUCGUCUGCUAGAUGUUUUUAUCACGGAGGCGUGAAAAUACAGAAAUAGUCAAUACAAUGGUAACAUAAAAAUUCCAAUCAGAUUUUCAUGACAUAAGGGCUUAAAACUAAAAUAUAAACAAAUAUUUCAAAAAAAUUAGUGUAAACAUUUUUAAAUCACAUAAGAAGGCACUCUUUAGCAGCCAAUUUCUAUAAAAAUAAAUAUAUUAUAAUUUAAACUUAAAUUUAACUUAUUAAAACACAUUAUGCAAUUACAAAAUAAAAUCAUAAAAAUAUAUAUUAUUCUAUGAUUAUUUAUUAAAGAGUUUUUCUUAUGUAAAUUUUAUAAUUUUUUAGCCUGAUUUUUUCAUAUAUACAUAUUUUAAGCCUUUACUUUAUAAAAAUAAACCGUUGGGAUAUUUUUUUAAAACAAUACACUAUUAAUUAUUAAUGUGUAUUCAGGUCUCCAUAUUGAAUAUAUCUAGCCAACGAAACAAACCAUAUCCAGAUUCCAUUAUUCUUUAUGUAUUAUCGUCAUUAAUGCACGAUGCGACAGUUACUAUCCUCUUAAAACUCGAAGCUGCGAGAACAAUGGCGUCCUAGUUACGCCACUUCACACAGACGGGGAUCUGGGACCGCGCUGAGCCCUCGAGAGCGACAGAGAGACGCCGCUGCUAAUGAAGCGGCCACAAGCCUACAGGCUGGCGCGCCGGCUGGUUGUCCAGCCUCGUCGCUUGCGUCCUCGUUUCACUAGUAAACUACGAGUGGUAUCUCGAUGGACCACACCUUACAAUCAAUUAUUAAUUCACUUUGUGUCCAUAAAUUUAGAAUAAUAAUCGUUUGGUAAUGCAAUUAUUGGUAAAAGAAUUUGUCAAUUAAAUUUAAUGCAAAAAAUGAGUUUUUCACGAAUUUUUUAACAGUUUAAAUAAAACUUAAUUCCUAUGUGGUAUUUAAAACAAAUAUAUGUGUUGAUUUGUUUCUUACAGGAAAACAUUCGUGUUUUUAUUUUAUUUUUGUGUGAUUGCAUUUUGUGCGUGUUUCUCCAGCGAUCAAAGAAAAAUUGUUAGUAUAACAAUCCUACAACUCAUCUUUGUAAUUGGGAGAGCUGUUUUUGAUGACCUUGAAAACUUGUCAGAACUACAGAUUACAUUUGAUAACACUUUUACAGAACCAUUUUACGUUUCUAUUUUUAAAAUAAUAAUAAAUUUAAAGUGUGUGUGUUACAUUGUAAAUUCAAGAAAAUAGGCCAAGGUUUAAUCUACAAUUUUAUAGCUCUACUAGCAAACGAAUGCCCUCAGAUUUUUAGAUUAAGAUAAAGAUUAUAGUUAUAUACCAUUGCGAAAAAUGAUUGAUAGUGCACAUCGUACUAACUAAGCGUUAAUAUCAAUAAUUUGACAAUUUUUAUCAAAACAUUUGUGUCAAUUCCAACACAAUUUUUUAAAUAUAAUUUUGAAAAUAGUGUAUAUUAACUUUGUGUAGUUAUGUAAAAGUAUAUAGGUAUUUAUAAGAUGAGGGAAUUUAAAUGCUCUAACAUAUAUGGAAAAAAAUUCGAGAUAUUUAUAAUAUUUGUACAAGUAUUGCUUGAAAUAAUUCCAUUGAUUGCAUCGGUUCUCGUCAGUGAACUGUUGAGUGGUGUCAGAGACAGAGGAGAAAGCCGGGCUAGCGAGUGACAGCGCACAAGUCGUGGGAAGAGUGUGUGAAGGCGAGGCGUGUGUGAAGCAGGUAGCAGCGAGCAGAGAGCGACACACAUGCAAGCACCGGAAGUCACUGCUGCUAGCGCCUGCAGCUACUGGAUCCUGGCUGAGUCACUCAUUGCCUCAUGACUGCAUGAAGUGAGCACUCAGUCAGGGGUGUAUCUGUGCUGGUGCUUCUAGCGCGGUGUCUCCUCUGAACCGGCGCGCAGUCUUCUCCCAGUGCGUAGGACCAUUAUGAUAUUUGAGUGAAAUAGCUUGCAGAACCGACUUUUUUUCAAUAAAUAAACAUGAUUGAUUAAAUAAUCAAUGAAAGUAUCCAAAGUAUGAUCGAACCCGAUCCGCCAGCUUCGAGGUCCCGCUCCGGCCACUGUGCCACGCUCGCUGCGCCAGUAGUUCACACUUCAAAGUUAUGGGUAUAAAUAAUUGUGCCUCGUUUUUCAAUCGGCUGUUUCUUGAGGACAAAUGCAGAGUUGAGUUUGUUUCUUCACAGAGUAGAUCGCUUCUUGAAGCACUGUGUUCUCGUGAAGGGACCAAAAGUUGGCGUCCUUCUUUUAUAAGACAACAGUGAAGACAUGUAUAUUUGUUUUUUUAAUAAUGGUUUUAAAGUGUCGUACGUUUUCUAAAACAUGCUAUUAACAUAUGAUUUUUUUUAAUCUUUAAAGUCGUAUUUCGUAUUUCCAUAUUUUUCGGCAUAAUAUUCCCAUACUUAGAAAUGCUAUGAGGUGAACUGAGAUUAUAUCUGCAGUGUUAUUAAAUAAUUAUUUAAUGUAUUCUUACACUAUGCCAAGCGAUUAAUUACUUCUUUAAAUUAAUAGUCAUAAAACACAAACCAUAUUCUCAGAGCAUUAAAUUCAGAGCAAGGUAAAAAUAUAGAAUCGCUUAUUUUAUCCCUUCAAAAAAUAAUUAGCCUAUAUAUGGUCAUAGUCGUAUAGCCGUUUAUAUGUGUGUUU